AUGUCAGUGAUGGCCUCAGUGAGACACUUGGUCUCCUUCCUGUGCUUUCUACAGAAACUCCAGGUGGCUUUGAAUGAGGCUUGGGGAGUGCUUCAGACUUGGGCUCCCCAGAUGAAGGGUCUGAGGCUGGCGCUAAUGCCGGGGCAUUCUCGUGUCAGGAUGGUAGCCACGUUGCUCUUAGGGAUCAUUUUUCUCCCAAACAUACACUGUGACAUGGAAUCGGUGCAUUACUCUUCCUACGAAAUAAUCAUCCCCGAGAGUCUGACGCCCAUGGAAAGUGAGGACCCAGUACAAAAGGCAUCCUAUAUGCUACUUAUGCAAGGCCACGAGCAGGUGGUUCACCUGAGGUUGAAGAGAGACUAUUUUGUGGAUAACUUUCCCAUCUACAGUUACCACAAUGGCAUCCUGGGAAAAGAAAUGCCCUUCAUGUCACAAGACUGCCACUAUGAAGGCUACAUAGAAGGAGUGCCGCAGUCUUUUGUCUCUGUUAACACCUGUUCAGGCCUCAGGGGCCUCCUGAAUAUGGAGAAAACAUCCUAUGGCAUUGAGCCCGUGCUCUCUUCCAAGCGCUUUGAACACGUCCUAUACACCAUGGCACAUCAAGCUCGAGUCUCCUGUAAUGUCACCUCCAAAGACAGCCAGGUGGUGUCCGCCAACCAGCAACAAGGGAGCAGGAAGCCUCCUAACCUACGGGCGCUGUCCUACUUGUGGUCACACACCAAAUACGUGGAGAUGUUUGUCGUGGUCAACAACCUGCGGUUCCAGAUGUGGGGCAGCAACAUCAACGAGACAGUCCGGGGAGUAGUGGACAUCAUUGCUCUGGCCAACGGUUUCACUAGGGGAAUAAACACAGAGGUGGUGCUGGCUGGAAUGGAGAUCUGGACUGAGGGGGACCUGAUAGAGGUCCCAGAGGACCUGCAAGUUACACUGAGGAGUUUCAAUAGCUGGAGACAAGAGAGGCUCUUCCACCGAGUGAAGCACGAUGUUGCCCACAUGAUCGUUGGACAGCAUCCUGGAGGGCACACGGGCCAGGCAUUUCUCAACGGUGCCUGUUCAAGUGGUUUUGCGGCAGCUGUGGAGUCCUUCCACCAUGAAGACGUCCUCCUGUUUGCAGCACUCAUGGUCCAUGAGCUCGGGCACAACCUGGGGAUCCGGCAUGACCACUCGGCCUGCAUUUGUAAAGAUAAGCACUUUUGCCUCAUGCGUGAAAAUAUUACUAAGGAAAGUGGCUUCAGCAACUGCAGCGCUGACUACUUCUACCAUUUCCUUCAUGAACACAAAGGGGCUUGCCUGUUUAACAAGCCACGUCACAAAAGCCGCAAGCGCAGGGCUUCCACUUGUGGAAAUGGUGUGGUGGAGGACUCGGAGCAGUGUGACUGUGGCAGUGCCUGUGACGGUCACCCAUGCUGUGAACCAACAUGUACACUGAAGGUGCACGCAUACUGUAGUGAUGGACUCUGUUGCCACCAGUGCAAUUUCAGAAGAAAAGGGGUUUUAUGUCGUCCUGCUCAGGAUGAGUGUGAUCUCCCAGAGUACUGUGAAGGCAGUUCUGAAGAAUGCCCUGCAGAUAGCUACAAGCAAGAUGGCACUGUGUGUGACAGAAUUUACUACUGCUCUGGGGGCCAAUGUAAGAACCCUGACAAGCAGUGCCUCCACAUAUUUGGACGCACUGCAAGGUCUGCCCCAGACAACUGUUACCUCUCAAUGAACAGUCAAGGCAACCGAUUUGGGAACUGUGGCCGUGAGAAUGGGGCAUAUGUUACAUGUACAGGCGAUAACAUAUUUUGUGGAAAACUUAUAUGUACAGAUGUUAAAUACUUGCCACAAAUCCAAUCCCAACAUACAAUGAUCCGGGUUGCUCAUGCAGAUGACUGGUGCUGGAGCAUGGAUGCCUAUAACACUACUGACAUCCCUGAUUAUGGAGAGGUGCAGAAUGGCACUUAUUGUGCCCCAAGCAAAGUCUGCAUGGGUUACACCUGCACUGAUGAUGCUGUGUUCCAUUAUGACUGCAAACCAGAAGUAAUGUGUCAUGGGAAAGGAGUCUGCAACAAUUUAAGGCACUGCCAUUGUGAUGAUGGCUUUGCUCCUCCUGACUGCAGAAAUCCAGGAAAUGGAGGCAGUGUGGACAGUGGCCCUGCUGGCAAACCACACGAUGGAUUGCCAACUGAAAAUGAAGGUGGAAGUCAUAGUAUUGGUCGUCGUGACGAGCACAGUGGUGGUGAGAACAAUGAGAAACAAAACAUUGGCAAGGCAGUAUAUGUGUUCCCUCUGUUUCUCUUAGUAUUAUUUUUAGGUCUAAUGAUUGUUGCUGGCCUUGGGGCUGGAAUGGAGGCACCCCAGUGCUCAGCGAACAACUUAGAAGACAACCCAGAAGAGAAUGCACCAGAACAGAAAGUGUAUAAAGGACAAGAAGAACAAGAGGCAGAAAAUGAGUGUUUGUAG